AUGGAAUUUGAGAUCGUAGGUCAGGAUCAAGAGGGAGGGCAGAGUGUCGAUCAAGAGAAAAUAUUAUUUAGGUUAGAAAUUUGUGUGCUGAUUUUUAUGUAAAUUUCUUGAGUGAUAUAGUUGAAAAAGUGGAGAGCCUCGAUAUAAUAUUAUUGGAAAUAUUAAAGUUGGAAUAUUUUAUGUACUUUUUUGUACUCUUUUAUACUAUAUAAAAAUCUGUGGUCUGGUUACAUCGUUAUUGUACUUACUAUAGCUUGCUGGCUAUGAAAGUUUCCAAUUCAACGCAAGCACUUGAACGUAUUUAAAAGCAUUGAAAUUUCGGAGGUAUAAUAAAAUAUUGUUGCAUUUGUUUCAACUAUAUAGAAAACUUUCAAUAUUUUUAAAUAUUUACGUUUGAUCGAAAAUCAGGUCCAGAUAUACAUUAAAUCAAUUAAUUGGAUCAAUGAUUACAUUAAAUCAAUUGAUGAAUAAUACCAAUUAAUCAGGUCCAAAAUAUAUAUUAAAUUUUGUAUCGCUUACAAUUAGUAAUACUACGGUACAAAUAUAAUACGAUACAGUAAUUCGACGUACGAUCGCAUUGAAUUUGUUCGAAGGGACAACUGUUGGCGCAAAGUUGCGAAAUGUUGCAAUGGAACUGUGAACCGAGAACGGAGAACAGAAAAAAGAGAGAGAGAGAUUAAGAUUUGUUCCCGCGCGGAGAAGUUCGAAGCAUCGACCGAGAUCGACGAGAGAUGUCGAGAAUGUCAGGAAACAAGUCGAAGCGUCGAAUUGUCAAGGGCGAAACGUUUCGAUGAAACGAUGGACUUUCAAGGUGCCAAAGACGUUGAAAGUGAGGCCGUUCGAAGUGUUUCGAGAAUAGAAACGAGCGUCCCGAUCGCCGUCAGUUUUCUACCCGGGACGCGGAUUAAAAGCAGAAAUCCCCCAAGGAACAUCCCUCUUAAUGCCUCAAUUUAAUCUUCUUAAUUAACCGACUUUUCGUUUGGGUAUUUCACUGAGGAAACGACAACCCGACUCCGACGACGCGGCAAUGCUUUAUCGAGACGUUAUCGUUCAGAAGUUGCCUCUACCUUUGAACCGAUAUAAUUGGUUAUUAGAUGCCGACCGAGGAUAUCGAUCAGGGGCCGGAACGUCGCGACCACACGACGAGAGAGGCAAUUAUCUAAGUGGCAGUUCCCUUUAA